CCCACUCCCCGCCCAUAUUUCCCAACACUCAGUUGCACUUAAAUGGCCCCAGCUGAGCCAUCUCAUCUGGUUUCAACAGUAGGCUGAUGGCUGUUCCUGGAAGUUCAAGGCGUGGAAAUGUCCUUUCCUGUUGUGGUUUUUGCCCUCCUCAUCUGGAGCUCAGGUAUACUACCUCUAUAUAUGUGGGUUCUAUUUAAAUGACCGUAGCUAAUAUUGGUUGAUUUUCUUGUCCUAUAAAGGCUGAAUGGGGAAGUGGUGUUGGUGGUCUGUGAAUGCUGAAAUUGAUGGUCUGACUCUGUAGAAGGCAGCUUCUGAUGAGGGUGUUCCAAUCCCAAUUCACUCCCCAAAGAGCUACUUGGGUGUGGAGUGGGGGGAGAUAUUGGAGCUUCAGCCACGGAAAUCCUGCUUUGUUUGGCCCAGUUAUGAAUCUAUGAACCUGCCUUAAAACUAGGUGAGAGCGUUGGUCCAAUAUGCUCUGCUCUGACUGGCAACACCUCCCCAGGGUCUCGGAGGCAGAGCGGGAGGGCUUCCCCAACCUUUAUCCCUGAGAUCUUUUCAACUGGAAAUGCCCCGGUUGAACCUGGGCUCUCCUGGUGCUCUGCCACUGAGACAUGGCAACAUGUUCCUGCUUCCUGCUGAGCCCGACCUUUGGUUCACCCAGCGCAUGACUGUCUGCACUGACUAGCAGCAGUGCCCCUGUCUUCAGCUGGGUGUUUCCCGGCAGGGAGCCUGGGACCUUCUGCAUGCAGAAGAGGUAAUCGGCCACUGAGCUAUGUUUGCUCCCGGAGAGGAUGUAAGUUGGGACAGGCCCCCGGUGAGUGAGGUAUGCCAGCACCUGUGCCCAGGGAAGGCAGACAGGUUUGCCAGGGUACCUGGGCCUCCCUCUCUAGCCUUCCCAGCAGCCCUUUCACCUGCAACACUUGGAAACCAGAGAAGCGGUGCAAACACCCUCUCCGUGACCCUGGGUCUGCGAGGCCAGCAAGGAAACUGUAUUGUUUAAUCUAUCUCUCUGGUUUUUUUCCUUCCUCCUGUGCGAAACUGUUGCGUUCCGAUGCACUCCGCCGGAGAGACGCUGCCUCGCUGAGCCCAGCUGGUAAACAAACCUGUGGGCAGGAUGUGCCAAAGGGGUGUGUCAGGCCACCGGCCUGCGGAGCCAGAAGAGGGAAGGGGAGGACAGAUCCUGGUCAUGGUGACAGACGUGGGAGGGAGGAAGUGGGGACUUGAUUGGCUGCCCGGAUCGCUACAAGCAAGCAACCUUUGCACAGUUGCUCACUGACGGGAGCGUUUCUUGGUGGAGCCUGGGCGAUCGCUUUCCUCCUUGCUGUUCUGCUGCGGUGCCUGGGAACGUUCGCCUGGCUGCUCUCUUCUGCCCCCUGCAGAAAUGGUCAUCAAAUUGAACCACUGGUACGUCCCUGCAGCCCUGCUCCUCCUCAGCAUCUUCACUCUUGUGGCCCUGAUCCUCAGUGUGGUGGGCAUCCACAACGUAUCAUUGGCUUCUGGGAAUAAGUACGGAUUGGUGUUUGAUGCAGGUUCAUCGCACACCUCCCUGUUUGUCUACCAGUGGCCAGCAGACAAGGAAAACAAUACCGGCGUGGUCAGCCAGACGUUCUCCUGUCAUGUUAAUGGGUCUGGGAUAUCCAGUUAUGCUGACAAUCCGCCAAAGGCAGGUUCCUCCCUCCGGGAAUGUCUGGAUGCAGCCAUGACAGUGAUUCCCUCAGAGAGGCAGCGGGAGUCCCCUGCUUAUCUGGGUGCCACGGCCGGCAUGAGACUCCUGAGGCAGUCGAACGAGACUGCAGCCUUGCAGGUCCUGGAAGAAGUUGGCAAGGCCAUCCAGCAAUAUCCCGUCAGCUUCCGAGGAGCCCGGAUCAUUACUGGACAGGAGGAGGGUGCCUAUGGCUGGAUCACCAUCAAUUAUCUGCUCAGCUCUUUCAUCGAGUAUUCGGCUCAAGCCCGAGACUGGAUCCACCCCGCUUCAGCUGGUAUCCUGGGGGCGCUGGACCUCGGAGGGGCUUCAACCCAAAUUAGUUUUGUUCCAGCCAGCCUGAUUGCCAACGCCACCCGCUUCCGACUCUAUGGGUUUAAUUACUCUAUCUAUACUCACAGCUACUUGUGCUACGGCCAGAAUCAGGCCCUCCGGCAAGUCCUUCAGCUUAUCAUAAACUCAACCACCACCAGUCACUUUCAGCACCCCUGCUACCCUAUAAAUUACACAGAUGUGAUCACAACAGCGUCCAUCUACGACAGUCCAUGUGCUAGCCCACCACAUCUGGGGUCUUCCACAGCCUCAAGGAAUGUCACUCUGGUGGGCACAGGCAAUGCUACCCUUUGCCGGGAAACCGUACAGAAGAUCUUUAAUUUUUCCAACUGCAGCCACAAUGAAUCUUGUGGAUUCAACGGUGUCUACCAGCCGCAAGUCAACGGGAAGUUCCUGGCUUUCUCUGCAUAUUUCUAUACCUUCAGCUUCCUGAACUUGACUGAGACACACCCACUGGACAAAGUGGAAAAGACCAUUCAGGAAUUCUGUGCCAAGACUUGGGAUGAACUGAAAUCCAGCUACCCUAAACAGAACGAGGAUCGCCUGAGGAACUACUGUGCCAGUGCUAACUAUAUCCUCACCCUUCUCUUGUACGGCUACGGUUUCAGCAGCAGCACCUGGGAAAACAUUGCCUUUCGGAUGCAGGCUGCCAACUCUGACAUCGGCUGGACCUUGGGCUACAUGCUAAACCUCACCAACAUGAUCCCGUCCGAGGACCCCCGGCCGCUGAAAGGGCACGAGCCAGCUGUGUGGGCAGCCAGCAUUUUCUUCAUUGCUGCCACCCUCUUGACUGGUUUCAUCUUGUUCGCCGUCUUCCUUGUUCGCUCUCUGUGGAGGAGAGCAGAGGGCUGAGAGAGACUCCUGCCUUCCAACCUUGGAGAAGCUGCCGCCAGUCUGUGUAGACAAUACUGAGCUAGACGGACCCAGGGUUUCCUACGUUCCUAUGGGCUGGGCCUGGCCUGC